GCGGUAUUUACCACUUAGCUAAUAAACUGCUAAAACAGCUCCCCGCCACCGUCGCUCCGGGCCCCUCUCCAGUCUCCAUUGCUCUUCCCCUCAGAUCCUCACUCUUCGUACUCAUACUUUCCCGCCGGCGCCGGUGGAGGUUCGAUUUCCGGCAAAGGAGGUAGAUCUCUGACCAAAUAUGAUGUAUAAAACGUUUUUUUCUUCUCUUAAUUUCGGUUUCUGAAUGAACCACGCCCAAUCAAUUCCAGAUCAUACUGUUCAAUGCGAAUGAAUCCAUCAGUUGAUUGGUGUGCCGAGUUCAGCGUUUUUUCGCAUGCCCAAUUGCUAUUUUUGCCUUGAAUCUCGCAUUCUGUGUUCUGUUUUCCCACUCAAGUUCGAAUCAGAGAUCUCCGUGUACACUUGAUUUGUGUUCAUUUCUUGUGUGACUGACAAUUCGUGGGUUAUUCUAUUCUUAUUUUCCUCCUUCUGGCUCUUGGUUUUAAAGAUUUUUCUUGAGAAUUGUUGACGGCAUUCAGAAUUGCGCGAAAAUGCCGUCGAUCUUGCACCAAAGACCCAUUCACAACUCACUUGCAAGUCCAUAUCCACUUUCUCCUCGUUCUUCCUUGAGUUCUGAGAGGCCAUUUUCCAUAUUUAGUCCUUUAAACCUGCUUGCCCUGCUUUCUCUCAUUGUGCUUCUUGGAGUCUUUUUGCCCUGGAUGAAUAUACAAGAGAGCAUUUUCUCAACCUCAAAGCUCUCGAGCACGAAAUGGCAAGAAUACUCAUUGGCUGAAGCUGCGUCAUUCGUUGCUAGGAACGGGACUGUGAUUGUUUGUGCUGUGAGCCAACCCUACUUGCCCUUUCUCAAUAAUUGGUUGAUUAGUGUUACCAGACAGAAGCACCACGAGAAAGUUCUUGUUAUCGCCGAGGACUAUGCGACGCUCUAUAAGGUGAACGAACGGUGGCCGGGCCACGCAGUGCUUGUUCCACCUGCUCCUGAUGCUCAAACGGCGCACAAGUUUGGUUCUCAGGGGUUCUUCAACUUCACAUCUCGAAGACCACGACACCUGCUACACAUUUUGGAGCUUGGUUAUAAUGUUAUGUACAAUGAUGUUGACAUGGUAUGGCUGGCUGAUCCGUUUCCUUAUCUGCAAGGGAAUCAUGAUGUGUACUUCACAGAUGACAUGGCUGCAGUGAAAUCUUUGCACCACUCUCAUGAUUUGCCACCUCCAGGGAAAAAGGGCCGGACUUACAUAUGCAGCUGCAUGAUUUUCCUACGCCCCACAAAUGGAGCAAAACUGGUCAUGAGGAAGUGGAUCGAGGAACUUAAAGCUCAGCCAUGGUCCAAAACAAAAAAAUCUAAUGAUCAACCUGCUUUCAACUGGGCACUAGAUAAAACGGCUGGAGAGGUGGAUCUAUACCUGCUGCCACAGCCAGCAUUCCCAACAGGUGGACUAUACUUCAAGAACCAGUCAUGGGUAAAGGAAACCAAAGGGAUGCAUGUUAUAAUACAUAACAAUUACAUCACAGGUUUUGAGAAGAAGAUAAAACGUUUCCGAGAAUUUGAUCUGUGGUACGUGGAUGAUCAUACUCUCGAGUCCCCCCUCGGUCGGAUAUGAGAAAUUAGAAGGUGUUGUUGUUGUCCUUCCUGCAAUACAAGGUGGAUGAAAAUAGCAAUUGGUGAAAGAAAACGUGCAUGGUUGAUUGAGGGAGAUUUUCCAUUUGGUCUUGGAAAGUGCAAGACAUUCUCGAAAUUUUGGUACCUACAUUGAAUUCUUCUAAAUUUAGUAGUCAAUGUUUUAUAUAACUCAUGAACUAGAUACGACGUCGCUUGAACAGGAUCUUGUUCGAUAUACGAUAAUGUCCUUGAGUAGUAAAAUAUAACUCAUGAGAUGGAUGAGCGCAACUUGAAUCUCAUUAGUUUGUGUCUACGUCGUGGUAUGUGUUCUUCUUCCAAUGUUGUUCCCUCCAUUGAUUUUAGGAAUAAUCUUGUGUGAAUUUUUGUUGAUGGUGUAUGCUACAACCAAAAGUUUUUUUUUUCUUUUUUA